AUCAGCUAUAUUUCAUCAUCUUGGUCAUUUCUGAGUAAAAUUUUGUUUGAGUUGGUUGUAGGCCUAUUGACAAUUAUAUACUAAUAUUGACAAAGAUAUACUAAUAUUUAUACUGUUACAAAAUGACGGACGCAAAUACAAACAAGGACGAGAAGAUUCCAAUCAAACCCGAAGAGGUUGAUGAUGCUGAUGUGAAUGAAUUUGAUUCCGCCCUUGACGAUUCCAAAGCUCAUUUUCUUAAUGGCGGCAAGGGCGGUGACGAUUCGCAAGCUGUUGUGGAAAUCCAAUCCGGUUCAAGCGAUAUUUCCUUCACUGGCCUCACUAAGGAAGACCUUGAGAAGUAUGCCAAAGAUCCUUUCUGGAUUCGAUUGCGAAUUAUCGUCUUCGCCUUGUUUUGGAUAGGAUGGGUGGUAAUGCUGGUAGCAGCCAUUGUUAUCAUAGUUUUGGCACCCAGAUGUCCGCAUCGACCCGACUUGAAAUGGUACAACAAAGAAGUUGUGUACCAAGUGUACCCAGAGUCAUUCCAAGAUUCUGACGGUGAUGGAGUUGGCGACAUUCAAGGUAUACGGACCCGCUUUGGUUACUUCAAAGAUCUUGGUGUGAAGAGUAUUGCACUAGGAUCCAUUUUCAAAAAAGACGACUUCAAUGCCAUUGUUGAUCAUAAAGAUGUUGAUCCCAAGUUGGGAACCCUUGCUGAUGUGGAAAGCUUUCUGAAAUUUGCUAAAAUUAAGGGAGUGAAGGUUAUCUUUGAUUUCAUCCCCAACUACACCAGCAGAAACCAUACCUGGUUUGUUCAAAGCCAGAAAAAUGAUGACAAAUACAAGGACUUCUAUGUUUGGGCUGAUCCUGUCAAUGGCGGAGUACCAAACAACUGGAAAAAUGUGAAAGGUGUGUCUGCAUGGACGCUUGAUCCUACUCGUAAUCAGUACUACCUUCAUCAGUUUUCCGAGGCGUUCCCCGAACUAAACUUGCACAAUGAAGAUGUGAAAAAGGAACUCGAGAUGAUUCUUCGAUUUUGGUUGGAUCGUGAUGUUCGUGGAUUCCAUUUGGUUGAUGCAGAAUUUCUAGUUGAGAAUGAAGACCUUGCAGAUGAAGACUCAUCGAGUAAUGAUCAUAUGCAAACAAGGAACUACAAUGAAACGUACAGUUUAAUCAAGGAGUGGAGAAAAGUUCUCGAUGGUUACUCUGACAAACCUGGACGAGAGAGGAUGAUGUAUACCACUCUGAGCUAUGCUGAUAAGGAUGAACAGCUGGCAUACUAUGGCGAUGAUGCUAUGCGAGGUCUGAACGUGGUGGUUGGUGAUGGUCUGAUGAAGGAACUGACCAAGAACUGCAAUGCUGAUUGUUUGAGAACUCUUGUAGAUGCGGAACUCACCAAUGAUACUCUGAAGCAGUGGCCAGGAUGGAUGCUUGGCAAUAAAGAUACAAGUCGACUGAGUCAACGCCUGGGUAAUGGACGUGCUAUAACUGCGUAUGUGCUGCAGAUGUUGUUACCUGGUACAGUCUUCAAUUACUAUGGUGAUGAGCUUGGUAUGGUAGAUGGAGUUGUCAGUUCGACAGAUACUGAUGGUCUUACAAACAAUCCUGAUGAAAAGGAUCGACUGAAAUACAGGACACCUAUGCAGUGGAAUGCGUCCGUGAAUGCUGGAUUUUCAAGUGGAAAGCCAUGGUUGCCUGUUAACACCAAUUAUAAGACUGUCAAUUUGGGGGCCAAGACAGCUGUGUAUUCUGGCUUCAACAUCUUCAAGGCUGUAAAACUCCUGAUCGCUCUUCGAGAACAAGAAUCCAACAUGUUUGGUAAACUGUACACUCAUGUCGAUGAUGGAACCUUCUGGUUCGUGCGUAAGGCUCCUGGCUUCCCUGGCUACCUUGUGGCCAUCAACUUGGGCUCAACCCCUUUGACACACAAGUUCUAUCAAGGAGCCGAGGGUGAGGUAACGCAGAGUGGCAAAGUGGUCUUCCAUUCAGAGAACAAAUCUCUGAAGGAUCAGAUCAACUUGAUGACCCAGUACAUAGAGCUAGGACCUGGCACCGCUGUUGUAAUAGAAAUGCCAGCUUAAGUUUCUUCUCUUAAUAGGAUUCUACUUGAAGUGUGUUAUAAACAUUUAAAGAUUUUUGCACUGUAAAAAGAUCAAAGUAAAUGUGUAUAAUUAAUUUUGAUCUCUUCUCUCUCUCCCCCCCCCCACCACCACCACCACCAUCACCAAAGUUGAGGCGAGAUGAGAGGUGAUUCCACUGAUGACGACAUCUCCAUGCUUUUUUAAAACUAUUUGAAUUUGGGAAUGAAUAGUAGAUUGAUUUAAUAUGGCUAUUUUUUGGAUUUCAUCUCGUAAUCUUAUGCUUCCGACCCAAAAUCUGGGAUUCACAGAAGCAUGGAAUCAUGCUAAAUCCAGUUUGUUUAUUGGGUAAAAUCUUUUUAUUUAAAUUUUUCUUUUUCUUUAGACCAAUUAAGCAUGGAUUUUACAUCACAAGUUAAAAAAGUUAAAUUUUACAUAAACAUGGUGACAUUUAAUUCUGCAGUCUUACAAGCAAUAAAAUUAAGUGAAUCAUAUUUUAUUGCUUCCAGUGUUAUUGUUUAUGGAUAUGCUAUAACAGCUUAUGUAAUACUAUUACACCAUAACAUUUUAUUUAAUACUGGGACAAGUAGGUGUUAACCAUGUGGCUAAGAAAAAAUUCUGAAUUGAAUAAAUUAAUUGUAUGUGAAAAGGUUUGGCUUCAGAAAGACUAAAAGAGAAACAAAGUGUUACAUGUAUUCAAACAGUCCACCCGAAUAUGGGGGUGGGGGUGGAUUUGUCCAUAUUUUCCCUUUUCCUUUUUUUUUCAGUGUUAAUCAUGUUUAACAAGACUGUCACGGUUGUUUUGUUUUAGUUUUUGUUUGCCUGCCUAUUGUUUUGACAUUUGUGACCUGACAACUUUUAAGUAACUGAUUUUUUGACAUGAAGAAAUAUUAUUGAUUAUAUUUGGAUUUAUACACUUGUUGAUAUUAAGAACUCUCAUGAUUAGUUUUUUUGACAUUUUUAAAUAAACAAGAACUGUUUGUUUUAUUAGAUGCUUUCAUGGUUAGAAUUAAACAACUUAUACAUCAA